CAUCAUCAUUUUGGAGAACGUCCUGUCUCCGUAGGCCCUUGCCGCAUUUUCGGGCAUUUCCCCAAAGAUGUCUUCGUUGUAGAAUGCUGGAAUUCCAAGUGUUUGGCUGAGGUCUGCCGUAUAUWUAUCUGUUGCGAACAUUAUGAUUCGACUCAAAUCGAUUCCCUUCGCACGGGCAUUGCAAACAAAAUUGUGGAACAGAUGCGCCUGACCUUUGUUGCACACCAUGACGACCAUGACCUUAGACCGUUUCAUGGCCCUGGAGAUCUCCCCGCUGUUUUUGUGAUCCUCGAUUGAUUUUUUCACCAAGGGCCUUAGUUGCUUCAGGGUGUCAUCAAGGUGUGUGAUAUAGUCCGCCAUGGCAUCGAGCGAGGGUUUGGUAUGAGCUCCCCAUUCCGGUACCCCCGGAUCCUUGCCGUUUUCCGAAUAACCUCUUUUAACGUAUCUCAACGGCACGCUGUCAUCGACGGGUCCUCCCUUUUUCGGAACGCGCAUGAAUUUGUGUACGUGGAAAGAUUCCCACUGCGGAACGAUAGCAAUGCAUUGCUGCUUGUUCCUUUUUACCGGCUCUUGCAAAAUCACCUUGAGAGUUUGGCAGUUCUCMAGUGCCUUUUCGACAUCCAUGCCCUCCUUGGGACCCUCGAUGUGCUUUGGAUUUUUCCCUUCCCCCUUUCCUUUGAACGGCAGGGUUUUGGGGUUCGUGUACAAAAUGACAACUUCCUCCGAUCCCCGCUUGGUGUCGUCCAUGGGGACCCCGAUUUCGAUCAGUUCGUUGAAAUUGUCACGGGGGACAGUGGCAUAAUCGUAUACAAUUUUUGAGACCUUCUCCGGAAAUCUUGUGUUCGCUGAUUUAUUGGCUGCAGCCUCUUUCACCUUGCUUCCUAGCGCCUCGAGUUCCUUUCGCUGCUUUUGGACCUCUCCGCGGAACUGAGCCUGCCAUUCUGCCGCUGUCAGCAACCUCGUCGAGGGCUCGGGCUCGGGGGCGACGGGGCACGUAUGCGAUCCCAUUAUGAGACCGAUAUAAAUCCCGCUCAACAACACCAGAAAAUGGGACGCGAUCGUCCGGAGCGAAAGCCCGCCGCGGUUGCUCUUGUUAUUUUUCGUCUUCCUGCUGCUACUGCCGCUUCUGCCCGAAUCCUUCGGCAUGGAAACCAUCUUUGCCAUUGCGCCUUCCUUUCCCUAGCGCUUGUUGUGCCGUUCCCAAUUGUAAAUUACCUCCGUGCCUCUUCCCACUUUGGUUGUUGGCCGCCUUUUGGACUGUUUCGGAGGAAAGGAUGUUGAUAGMGGUGGCGAUUGGGGAGACGGAGACGUUUUGCAUCCCCUUGCUUGAAAAUGACGGUUUCGAGAUGAAAAGUCUCAGAACACUCUGUACGAUAGCUUUUCUCACUAUGCCGUAACGUUACGUAAAGAGUCACCUCGAGAAGUAGUACGACUCGUACAGUAGUACUCGUACNAGAACACUCUGUACGAUAGCUUUUCUCACUAUGCCGUAACGUUACGUAAAGAGUCACCUCGAGAAGUAGUACGACUCGUACAGUAGUACUCGUACGCGCACUCGUACGAAAAUCAGGGGUCAGUUGCUCAUGCCUACGAUGAACGAGGAGACGCAACGGUUCUUGUGACCAACGAUUCUGGCUAGGGGGCUUCGACAAAUUAAAAUUGAAGACUAUUUUCAUAUUUUAGGGAUGACUAACUUUUUUGUUUUUGAAUUGAGGGGCCCUCAAUAUAUUGGGUGAUUCCCGUAAACAUAGAAUCUAUGCCGUCUUACUUUACGAAUUUAUGUAUACGGGAAUAAGUAUGUAUGCACAUAGAAUCAAAAAUCUUAGAUUAUGGCGCGCUAAAUGUGCCUGAUUUUGGAAUAUGGAAUUUUGCUUGAAAUUAACAGAAAAUAACUGCAUUCUCGCAAGCAAAUAUUGAGAACACAUGGUGCCAGCAAGCGCGCCAGAACAAAUCUAAAGUGUCACCAGGAGCCGGGGGAGCCCGCCGAAACAAAUCCAAAGGCUCACUAUACAAAAUCUGAAGUGCUGCUGGUCGGAAUUCUUAUCUACUACCGUUCGUACUUGCUCGAGCAUUCUUCAGUCAGUCCGUCAUCACCCGCUUGAGAAGGAAUCUUCUGCAUCUUCUGCUGACCGAGUUGCAAGGAUCCGCGCCAUUUUUUUCGCGGAAGAUCUUUACUCUGAGCAAGCGCAUCAAAAUCAAAUCCACGACACCUCACACUCCUUGAAGUCGAAGUGAGAAAACUGCAGAGGAAUUCUGGAGGAAACACUGAGAGUGUUACGGGAGGAACAGGUAGGAGUGACAUCAACAUCACCAGGAGAUCAGAACCCCGAGAACCCUCUGAUCCAAAUCCACCCUUUUCUAGCUUGACACUGUUACAUACUGGCAAAAAGGAAGCAAUUCAAUCAAUUUGUUCUCACUAUCUGAUCAUCUGCAACAUCGUUUCAGCGCAAUCAUGAAAGUGGUACUACAGAGCCAGCGCAGACCACAAACUCCAUACAAGAGACCACGACGAAAGAAAAGCAUGGAGGAAUUGGUCAUCUACUUGAAGAGAGGUUACUCAUUUCGAUGCGUGCGGAGCGAAAUGAAGAACAAUCUGACGGUAGUUCUUGCAGCGGUAUCCGCGGAUGGGAUGGCGUUGAAAUAUGCACCCAAAGAAAUGAAGAACAAUCUGCAAGUGGUAACUGCUGCGACGAAACAGGACAUUCGAGCCAUUAAAUUCGCAUCCGAUGAACUAAAGAACAACCUCGAGAGGGUAUUCCCUGGAGUGUUACUUUCGAAAUGUGCCCUGRAAUCUGCAUCCGAGGAAUUGAGGAAUCACCCACUAGUGAUGGAGGCGGUGGUGAAUUGGGGCGGGAAAUGGUAUUUCCCGUCAGAGGAAGUAAUGGAGGAGCUCGAGAUAUUGACAAAGAAUCCGAUGGAAUUGGAAACCGCAUCCGAAGAAAUGCAACACAAUUUCCAGGUAGCAUCUCUUGCAGUAGCAAAGAACGGAGAAGCAUUGCUCUUUGGAUCCUUGAAAAUCAGAUCCACACCGGAGGUAGUGACUACAGCUGUAACUCAAAAUGGGGCAGCACUGCGGCAUGCAAAUCCUGUACUAAGGAAUAAUGUGCAGAUUGUGACUGCUGCGGUAACACAGAUUGGUUUUGCAUUAGAUUAUGCUUCUGAAGAAAUGCAAGGAAAUAAGGAGGUAGUGACUACYGCAGUAAAAAACUCUGGGGAUGCYUUGAAAUUCGCGUCCGAUGCAAUGAAGAAGGAUGAGGAGGUAGUGAUUGCAGCAGUAACACAAAAAGGUGGCGCAUUGAGGUUUGCAUCAAAUGAGUUGAGGAACAACCUUAAAGUGGUGACUGCUGCWGUAAAAAGUCAAGCCCAAGCAUUGAUGUUUGUAUCCAACGAACUGACGAGCAACAUGGACGUAAUUAUGAGUGCUGUCACAAAGCAUGGCCAUGCAUUGGCCUACGUACCCGAGAAAUGGGGAAAUAAUGCGGAGAUAGUGACCGCUGCAGUAAAAACAUGUAACUGGGUAUUGGGACAGGCAUCCGAGGAACUGAGGAACGAUCUGGUGCUAGUGACUACUGCGGUAGAAAACCAUGGGAAGGCAUUGGAAUUUGCGUCCAAGGAAUUGAGGAGCAACUUGAAAUUAGUGACUACUGCGGUAGAAAACUAUGGGAAAGCAUUGGAAUUUGCAUCCGAGGAAUUGAGAAGCAACUUGAAAUUGGUGACUGSUGCUGUAAAGCAGGAUGGCAAUGCGUUGGAAUACGCAUCGAAAGAGCUGAGGACCAACRARCAAGUGGUAAUGAUCGCUGUCACGCAGCACGGAUGUGCAUUGCAAUUUGCGUGCGAGKAAUUGAGGAGCAACAUGUCGGUAGUAACUGCUGCUGUAAAGCAGGAUGGUAAUGCACUACAGUACGCAUCGAAAGAACUGCAGAAUGACACACGGRUAGUCACUGCURCUGUAAAACAGGAUGGCAAUGCGCUACAAUACGCAUCGAAAGAACUGCAGAACGAAGCAUAGACACAGACUUCUUCUGUUGAAAAGAAUAUUGAAUGAUURCAUAACGCAUCCCAGGAAAUGAAGGAAAAUUUUGCAGUAGUCUGGCAAAUGUUGAGGGCUUAUGACAGUUCUACAUUGRAACUUUGCUCCAAACAAUAUUUUGUUGAAGCUGSUAGUAGGUCCAUUCGUAAGAAAAUAAACCAAUGACU